CAUUGGAAUAUGUUGGUUUGUGAUCUUUGAGUUAAAACUUUGUUAAAAGAGUAUAAUGAACUUUUAUUGUAGUUGACAGUGCUAAUUGUUUCAAGUUUACAAGAUUUCGUUUUGUUCCACGUGGAAGUAAUGUCAGGUUUGCUGCGAAGAGAAUUCAGACGCUUACCAUGUCUUUAUGAGAGUGGAAAGUGUGAAAUGAAACGCCAUUUAAAUAGUAAUACGGCAAGUGUAUGUAAGAUACACCGACAGGUAUAUCCGCGGACCUAUCCUGUUCUUGUUGUUUUGCCCGAUGGUGCCACUAUAAACAUCAGAUAUCAUGAACCAAGGAAAAUCAUAAAGCUUCCAUUGGAUUUGUCUAUACUGAGUGAUGAAGAACGUAAACUCCGUUUGGAAAAGCGGAAGCCAAAGUCCAAGGUGAAGAUAGAAGAUGACUAUGAAGAUGACUUCGAUGUUAAUAAAUAUCUGAAAUACAUCAGAAAAACAAAUUCUAAUGCAUAGAAACAAGUAUUGUAUUUCCAGUAGUAAUAAUAAUAAUAAUAAUAAUGAGCGUAUGGCAUUGGUGGCCAGUAAUGUAUCAUUACUGAAAAACUAACACCUUGUAAUUGUUCUCUCAUGCCAUAGAACAUGUUAUAAUACUGGUAACUUUGAAAGUGGUGACAAAAACAAAACAUUGCCAAGUAUAGUUAUUAUGAUACUAGUUUUGAAAUAGAUGUAUGAAUUUCCA